AAGUAUUGAAACAAUCAUAGUUUCGUUUCUUUCAGGUUUAAGAUCCUACGGGAAAGUGGUCUACGUGUUUACACUAAUACCCGUGUUCGGUAUUCUGGUAUUGGGCAUGAAAUUGCUCCGUUUAACGCCACCGGGUUCGAUAUACGAGAUGUUCCCUACCACUGUCGGGGCCGAGUUCUUCAUCAAUGGGAAAUCGUGGGUGGCAGCGUCCGUCGAGGUGUUCCUCACCUGGGGACUGCUCGGCGCGGCCGCUAUGCAGAUAGCAGCUCACAAUAAGCACAAACAUCUUCUGCAACGGGACACGAACCUCGUUAUAAUGUUGACGAUAAUGGUCCUUCUUCUCGCGGCUUUGGUGGCGAACACUUGCGUACAGCUUCUCAAAGAUCAUGGUUACGUCUAUAUUCCGAGCUCGUUCGAGAGAAUAUCGUCGUACGUGUUCUUGAGGCCAGCGAAUCAGCCAGCUCCGCCGGGAUAUAGCAGCACGCCGGAGAGAUUCAUGGCACAUGCGUCAUUUAUCGUCGGCGAACGCGUCACCCGUCCCGGAGCGGAUUUCAGCGAAUCUGGUUAUCAGGCUCUCAGACUCUCCACCGAGCUAGUCCCCGCGAUGUUGGCAUUGCUGGGAACCGAACAAGUUUCUCCGUUCUGGGCAGUCCUUUUUUACUUUGUGCUGAUCCUCUUCGGGAUAGCGCAACAGCUGGCGAUAUGGCACUGCGUGAUAACCGGUAUCAUGGCUAUCAACACGAAAAUGAUGAAACUUUGGGAAACCACUAUCACCUUCUUCAGCUGCGCCUGCGGUUAUAUACUAGGCUUGCCGAUGGCCACUGAGGUAAAUACACAGGAAACUUUUACAGAAACUCGUAUCAGUGUCGAGAAAGCGAUCGCGUCCGUUCGGAGGAUGAGUAAUGAAAUCGAUUCCUUGGUACGUCGGAGCAUACCAUGUUACUUUUGCAACGAGUUCCUGGACCAGAGACAUUUAUUCGAUCACGUGAAACAUUGCGGAUCGGUGCUGGAAGAAUGUCCUUAUCGGUGCGGCGUCUACGUGCCGAGAAAAGCCAUGGAGGACCAUCGAAGAUCGUGCAACAAGAAUGCUUCGAAGCGGCUCAGCCAGAUCAAGGAUGUCCAGGACACUUUGUGGAGGAACAAGGUGUUCUCUGCGUUAACGUUGCUUCGAGCCGCGAUCCACAACGAGGAGAAGGAGCGCGACCAUCUUCAGGAGAAAUUGAAUCAAUGCGUGCAUCUGUUGCACUCUCAGCAGGGCUCCCUCGACGCGAUACGAUUGGAGAUCCACGAAACGCGACACGACGCGUCGUUGGAGGAACGCUUGAAUCAGUUGGAGAUUUGCUGCGACAACAUGGAACAGCGCAACAACCACAGCUUCCAGCAGAUCUCUCAUCAGCUGAGAUUGCUGCACGACGAUCUGGCGCGCGAGCGUGGCGAGCAAGGCGAACGCGAUCGUGUGCAGAACAACUGGAGCACAGAGUUGAACGAUUUCAAAAGGUUUCUAACCCAAGAGAAGCUGGAGGUCAGCGAAGCCUGGCAGGGACAGCGUCAGUUGAUCCACGACCUCAAGCUGGAACUGGAAAUGCGAUGUAAAAAUUCAAACGAUUUGACGGAACGACAGAAAGUCCUGACGGAGAAAAUAAACGCGCUGGAGGAAGAAUCGCGUGCGCAGAAGGCGACAACGGCGGAACAUCAAUGCGGCAUCAAAGGGCUGAAGUUUCAGGCGAAGGAGAAUCUCAAGUAUCUCGAGGAACUGAUCAAAGAGUAUCAGAGCUCCAAGAAGUCCGAGCUGACCGAUUGUCUGUGCUAUCACGAGUCUUCCAAGCGAUUUCCAACGAACGGUCGGCUAUUGUGGAGGAUCGACCGCUACAAAGAGAAGAUGUCCGAGGCGAAAGAAAGCGGGAGCAUUCUGUAUAGUCCAAGAUUUUCGAACAAAGAAUACGGCUACAAUCUGAGAAUCGAGUUAUAUUUGAACGGUCUAGGCCAAUGGAAGGACCGACACGUGAUCGGUUGCCUUCGCGUGGAAGACGGUGAGUGGGAUCCGCUCUUGGAUUGGCCCUGCAUUCUCCGAGCCGCUGUCACUUUGAGGAACCAAGAGAAUCCGGCCAAUGACGUUAAGAAGCUUGUAAAGGCCGUAGGUCGGGGUAAAACCGACCCGGAAACUGUCAAUAGAGAAUCCGGCAUUUAUAUGUUCAUUCCGCAUACCACGCUGACUCGAUACUCCGGAUACGUCAAGGAUAACGUGAUGUUUCUCGAUAUCCAAGUGACCGAUAUAAGGACCAGCAUAUCUACACAGUCACUGAUAGCAUAAGUAGUCGGAAAAUGAUCGAAUUGAAUCAUUGAUCCGAUCGUAGAUGUAAAUAUUGUAAAUUCUGGGCAUCCACGUAGUAUAUUAUUUGGAUUACACGAUCGGCGGUUCAUGGUGGAUAAUGAUCUUGUAUCUGGUGCAAGUUGGCGCGGUGUU